CGAUGUCCUUUUGUGUCCUACAGCCGGAGCGAGGAGCGAGCGCGCAGCCCCAGACUAUGGCUCGGCCGGUCCCCGGCGCGCGGGGCCACUGAGCCGCCCCCCCCGGCCGGACCCAGCAGCAGCAGCCGCCCCCAGCCCUUGUCUGCGACCAAGCUCCUUUCAGCCAUGUCGUCCCGGGAACGCCGAGCGGAAUUCUUCAUCAAGACGGAGCCGGCCUCCCCAGACAGCCUUGCCCAGCACAGCCCAAGCGGAUCAUCUGACACCAGCGUCAGCGGGGCUCCCCAAGAGCUUGAGACUGCGGGAGCGCUACCCGCCGGGACGGGGGCUUCCCGCCGUCGCCACGACGAUGAUCCGGAUGAGCCUCCGGGGCGGGGGAAGUACAUGCUGGGCUCCAUGCCCAAGCGGCUGUGCCUGGUGUGCGGAGAUGUCGCCUCGGGGUACCACUACGGCGUGGCGUCCUGCGAGGCCUGCAAAGCGUUCUUCAAGAGAACCAUCCAAGGCAGCAUUGAGUACAGUUGCCCGGCCACCAACGAAUGUGAAAUAACUAAACGCCGCCGGAAGGCCUGCCAGGCGUGUCGUUUUACCAAGUGCCUCCGCGUGGGCAUGCUGAAGGAAGGGGUACGUCUAGACCGGGUACGAGGCGGCCGCCAGAAGUACAAGCGCCGGCCUGAGGUGGAGAGUUCCACCUACCCCAGCGCUUUUGUCACCCCGCAGAUCGCCACGGCAACCGCUAAGAAACCAGCUCCAAUGAACACCAUGGUGUCGCACUUGCUGGUAGCAGAGCCUGAGAAACUGUAUGCCAUGCCCGACCCUGCGCUUCCUGACGGCCCCGCCAAGGCAGCGAGCACGUUGUGCGACCUGGCCGACCGGGAGAUCGUGGUCAUCAUCGGCUGGGCCAAAAACAUACCCGGAUUCCCAGCGCUGUCCUUGGCAGACCAGAUGUCAGUCCUGCAGAGUGUGUGGCUGGAAGUUUUGCUGCUGGGGGUUGCCUGGCGCUCGCUGCCCUGCGAGGACGAGAUCGUCUUUGCGGAAGACUUCGCCCUCGACGAGGAAGCGGCGCGGACGGCGGGGCUGCUGGAGCUCAGCGGGGUGGUCCUGCAGCUCGUGCGCAAGUACCGGGCCUUGCGCCUGGAGCGCGAGGAGUACGUGCUUCUCAAAGCCUUGGCGCUUGCCAACUCAGACUCCGUGCAUAUCGAGGACAUGGCGGCCGUGCAGCGGCUCCGGGACGUGCUCCACGAGGCCCUGCUAGAAUACGAAGCGUCGCGGCGCCCGGAGGAACCCCGCCGCGCCGGACGCCUCCUCCUCACGCUGCCCUUGCUGCGCCAGACGGCCACCCGGGUCCUCCACCACUUCUACAGCCUCAAACUGGAGGGCAAAGUGCCCAUGCAUAAGCUUUUCUUGGAAAUGCUGGAGGCCAUGAUGGACUGACCGAUUAGGCCGGAGGGGGGCAGGAUUUGGGGAGUGGGGGGAGCCGGGGCGCGGCACAGCAUAGCACAGGUGAUCAGGGGUGGGAGGGAAACAGAGGCCUGGUUCCCCCGUCCCCUGUCCCCUCUUGCCGCUGCUCACCUGCAUAAUGUUAAAUGCAUUUCAAUGUAUGCAAACGUAGUAAUUGCCCAUUGCUUCGCACUGAGGCCGGCGUCAAGGAAAUGGACCCACCGGGGAGGCGAAGGAGGGAGCGGUUUCAACCCAGACAGAGUGCCAAGCCUUCCCAGCCGUAAGGGUGGGACGGACGCGUGGGGUGGGAGUGGGAGACGCAGAACGUUUUGACAUUCACACUGGAAGCCAUACUUUUAAUUUAUUAACUAGGGGAGGGGUAUUAGCUACUGUAGCUCUAGCCUGGAAGCCAUAUUGGAUUAGCGUGGCAUGAAGGAAUAGGUACUGGGGUGUGCGUGGCGGGACGGGGUGGGUGGGGGGACAAGUUGUGUGUUCUUGCCCUAGGAUAUGGCUACUGUUGAGUGUGCGGUGGAGAGCAGAGGUGUCAAACUUCCGUUGCGCUGUCCGUACGUUCGGGCGGUGCCUUCCCUCCACCUCCUGCUUGUACCUGGGCUGGGCCCGACCAAACGCACCUUAACGUGGGGUGUAAAGAAUAGCCUCAUAGCGUCAUGCCUCUAGGCAUCAUGAGGGAGACAGAUUUGGGAUGGAGGAGGAGACCCAUGACACUUUUUUGCCUUCUUUCUGUCUCUUCACUUCAGAGUCUUUGUUGGGCAACUCUCAGGGGAGGGAAAUUGCCCCCACCAAGGCCACCUCCCUCUGGGAAUGUUGCAUUAUCACUUUUAAGCAAUAAAAAAAAGAAAGAAUUGGGGGGGGGCGGGGGGGCUGUGUCUUAUGUUGUGCUUUGCAUGGAGCCUGCCUUAACAUUUGGGGAGGGGGGUUGCGGCGAUGGAGUCAGCCCCUGGGGAAGGCGAAGGCAGGGCCUUUAGUGCUCCAUCCGGCAAAGUUUCUUCACUUAAUUCCCUUGUAGCAAUAGUUAAAAAGGCAUUUAUGCUUUUUUUCAGGUGUGAUUUCAUAUCUUCCCGCACCCCCAAACCCCCUCCCCGAAAGACCAGUCAAGCCAACCUCGUCUUCUGUCCAAAGCAAUAAAAACAACACUUCCCUUCAUCUUCCUUCGAUUCCCUUCCCACCCGCUAAACCAAGGAGGGAGGCUGCAUGGCGUAAAGCUGAGAGCCGUGUACAUAGCAAUAUAUUUUAUUGUAUAUUUGUUGCAGGAAAAGAAAAGAGAUAAAAAAGAAGAGAUCUACCCUCCGUUUCUGGCUCACUUCCCCCAAGGGCAGGGCUGCAGCCGCCCAUGCCCCGUCGGGGAAGGGGGGAAGGAAGGUGGCAGAAUUCGCUUGGGGGGUGAUGGUUUUUUUUGUAUUAAAUUAUGUGUGUGUACAUAUUAUAAAUACCUCUGAUUUGUGUAUAAGCGGCUACACAUACACAUCCAUAGAGAGCUCUAUUACCGAACAAAUUAAAAAAAGGCUGCCACAGCCUACAGAGAA